UGAACUCCAAUGUCACAUGAUUGUGGCGUCAUCAUAUGCGACUUUCUGAUCACAGACAUGCCUUCUUCUGCAGGUGAAUACUCCGUAAAGUGUUAUUUAGCUAAAUUUAUUUAGCCAAAUUAUCAUCCAAAACAAGUGCAUGUAGAUAUUGGGUCUCCUGACUCCUUAUCAAAAUAAUAAAACUGGCAUGCUGGUUGUUUGUUUAUAGGCAAUGUCAAUUAAAGUCUCUAGCUAGCUAAUUCGUUUUAACCUCAUUUCUUAAAGUAUCCCUGACUUCACUUGACUGUUUUUUUAAAAUGUUUAACACAGACAUGAGACAUCACAUCUGACAGUGUACAGUAGUAGUAUAUUGUUACUAACUAUGAGCUCCCUCCUGAUAUUAAAAACAAGAAUAUGUCUGAAAUACAUUAGCCCACUCUUUAAUCCAAGCACUGCUGGCUUUACUCCCCUGAAUAAUGUGAUUAGCAAGCUAUCAGUUAGUUCCAGGCUUUUAUGCACUAAAGGAGGGAGUAGACAUGCAGGUAACAACAGGAAAGAGGACAGACAGAGAGAAUUCAAUAUCAGAGAGAGGCUCCCUUUUCCCAAGUCAGUGUUUGCUUCUGGGACAGCCAAGAGAACUGCUGAAUACCAAAAGAAGAGGGCUGAGGAGGAACCAGACUUCCCCAGAAAGAACAAGAGAGUGAAACCCCCAGACCACCCUCUCACUGCCUCAGAAUGGAAGAGCCUAAAAUUGACUACCCCGAAUCCUGAUCGCUUUGACGUCCGGAUGAUGUCAUCAAUGCUGGCCGAUGGGACAGACAUCAACGUGGCCAAGUCCCUGCUGGCCUAUGUUGCCAUGGAUACCGGUACGCUGUCUUACGAGCUGCUACUGCGGUACCUCACCCUGUGUGUCGGCAGCGGCCAUCACUCUGAGGUGUUUGACAUGUAUGAUAUCAUGAGGAGCCGGUUCAGGACAUUAGACACUGGAGCGUCCAGCCUGUUCAUAAAGGGCUUCAGCAGGACAGAACGCUGGAAGGAGGCGCUGACCAUCCUGGAGAACAUCAAGAGGGCCAUCACGCCAUCACCGCGUAACUACGGCGAUACCAUCGCAGGGGCGGUGCUACAUGGUGAUGGUGACACUGCCUGGGCCCUGUAUGCUGAGCUGAUGGAGAAGGGCCUCAUUCCCAACCAGGAGACAUGGCAGGCCCUGUUCCAGUGUGGUCUCUCUCAUCAGGGCCACGAGGACGGGCUGCAAUCCAUCCUGCUCCAUAUGAGGGACAACCAAAUCUAUCCCGAGGAGACUCUGGCUAAAGAUAUCAAAGCUUGGUUUGAGAGUCUUCCAGAACAGAAGUGGAUUGGAAGCUGGUCCACUGUAGACCCCAGGGGAGUGUGUCGGAGCUGCCAGGCAGAGCUGGAGUCCAUCCAGCUGAGUCGGGAGGAGUACGCCCAGCUCAAAGACAGGGUGAUGGGGGACGUGAUCCAAGGCAGAGACGUCUUCAAUAAGACCACUCCAGAGGAGCUGGAGAGCUUCAAGAACUUUGUCAAGCGGAAGCCGGCCUUUGACGUGGUCAUAGAUGGACUCAAUGUGGCCAACAUUGGCAUCAAAGGGAACCAGUCGCAGACGCUCCUGGAGGUGGUGUCGGAGCUUGAGCGCCAGGGCCUGGUCAUCCUGGUCCUGGGGAGGAAGCAUAUGCAGCGGCCCUCACGCAGCUGGGACAGACAUGACAUGAGCUUGGUCCAGCAGAAGGCCCACUGCUUCUUCACUGACAACAUUUCUGAGGAUGACCCUUUCCUGCUGUAUGCCACACUGCACUCUGGGAACCACUGCAACUUUGUUAGCCGGGACCUGAUGAGGGACCACAAGGCCUGCCUGCCAGACGGUGCCACCCGACGCCUCUUCUUCAAGUGGCAGAGAGGCCACCAGCUGGUGCUGAGCAGCUACACCCCGGGAAAGAGAGUACGAUUCCAGAGAAUAUUAAGUUAUGACACCAUUGUCCAGACACAUGGAGGCUCCUGGCACAUCCCCUAUGAUGAGAAUGGGGCAGAGAGAUGUACUUAUGAAGUUCCACAGAAGUGGCUGUGUCUCACCAAGGCAAAAUAAGGACCCACUUAGAACUGGUUGAUCUUCACAAACCUGUCAAUACAGUGUUCGUCAAUGAAACUAUAGCAUGUGAAAAAGAAUAAAAGACUGAAAAAAAGCUUUGUUCUUUUCUUGUAGUCCUAGAAUAUUUUUUUUUCAAAAUGCAUUCAGUAAACCAAGAGGUGUCUUAAAACAACGUUUGUCGGAUUGACCCGGACAUCAACUACUGUUCCUAAACCAAUUCCGGGGUCAUUAUCUUGCAUGUUUUUUUCCUUAGCAGUUCUGUUUUCAGUUUACAACUUUUAUACAAAUGUACUUUUAUACAAAUUGUUUGCCAACACAAUGUCCCGAGGGUCGAGUGCAGGAUUUGACCGACAUAUUACCAUCUUCUCUCCGGAGAGCAGACUAACAAAGUCGAAUAUGCAUUCAAGGCUAUCAACCAAGGUGGCCUUACCUCAGUAGCUAUCAGAGGGCAAGACUGUGCAGUUGUCAUCACACAGAAUUCCAGACAAGCUUGUUGAUGCCAUCCACAGUCACACACUUAUUCAGAAUCACAGAAAACAUUGGCUGUGUCAUUUUGGAAUGACGGGUAAGAAACGUGUUAAUGUUGAAAUAUCCACUACACACUAAAUAUGAACCUUAUGAAAGGUAUUAGUUAAUGUAUGUAAUAAUGACUGUAAUCUUGACCGAUUCAUUUGUGUUCAGCUGAUAGCAAGUCCCGAGUCCAGAGGGCUCAUUACGAGGCAGCCAACUGCAAGUAGAAGUACGGUUAUGAGAUCCCAGUGGAUAUGCUGUGUAAGAGGAUGGCUUACAUCUCUCAGGUGUACACACAGAACGCUGAGAUGAGACCUCUUGGUUUCUGCUCAUCCUGACAUUACCCUCCAGCAUGACAAUGCUACCAGCCAUACUGCUCAUUCUGUG